GUCAUUAUGGAGUUGCAACCACCGCAGCCAAGGUAUCACAGCAAUUCUGGAUUAUAGGAGUAACAAGACUGGCAAAGACUAUAAAGUACAGAUGCUUCCAAUGCAGGUCUUUCGAACGCAAGACUGAACAGCAGUACAUGGCAGAUCUACCGAAGGAGCGAAAUAUGCCUUUUACGCCUCCAUUCCAUUGUACUGCGGUUGAUUAUUUCGGGCCUUACGAAGUAAAAAUAAGCCGUAAAACAAUGACCAAGCACUAUGGCGUAAUAUUUACGUGUAUGAACACCCGUGCCGUGCACCUCGAACUCGCCGUUAAUUGUUCAACUGAAGAAUUCCUGCAAGUAUUAAGACGCUUUUUUGCCAUUCGAGGAAAGCCAGCGUAUCUACAGAGUGACAAUGGCACUCAGUUUGUGUCGGUAGAUAAAGAAUUACGAAGCAUGAUCCAAGGUUGGGACAAAGAGAAAUUACAAGAAUAUUGUGCAGGGCAUCAAACCACCUGGAGAUUCAUUACACCUCUUUCACCCCACCAUAACGGUUGUGUUGAAGCACUCGUGAAGAGCUGCAAAAAUGCAUUGAGGAAGGCUGUUGGUAGUCAAAGGAUGAAACCGUUUGAACUAUAUACUUAUCUAAAAGAAGCUGCGAACCUUGUGAAUCAAAGACCCAUUGGUCGUGUCCCAAAUGACCCAGAUGAUGGUUCAUAUCUAUGUCCUAAUGACAUACUACUGGGGCGUUCUUCAUCGAGAGUACCCCAAGGACCAUUUAAGGAAACUAAAGAUCCGAGAAACAGAUUUGCAUUUGUUCAGAGAAUCGUGGAAGCAUUUUGGAAAAUCUGGUCCAGAGAUGUAUUUCCACAUCUUGUGCCACGUAAAAAUGGCAUGUUGAUAGAAGAAAC